UCCAGCACAGAGUCUGCUGUGCUCACUUUGGGAUAGCCACAAAGGCAAAGCACCCGGUUCCCCCUUAUCCACCAGUUCUCACUCUCUCCCGCUCCGUACUCAUGGGAACUCCAUACCCAACGCCCGUCAACCCUGCGCAGACCCGCAUCGGCUGGAUCGGCAUCGGCGUGAUGGGAGCUUCCAUGGCCGCUCGCUUGAUCUCGGCCGGCUACGCUCUCACCAUCUACUCUCGCAACCCUUCCAAAGCCCUCCCUCUCCAAUCCCUUGGAGCCCUUCUCGCCAAUUCCCCUCGUGAUGUUGCUGCGCGCAGCGACGUUGUAUUCACCAUGGUGGGACACCCAUCAGAUGUUCGAUCAAUUGUCCUCGGCCCCAAUGGCAUUCUUUCCGGGUUGAACCCCGGAGGCGCGAUCGUCGACACCACCAGCAGCCAUCCCGACCUCGCCCGCGAGAUCUUCAAUGUUGCGCGAGGCCGGGAUUGCUGGGCAAUCGAUGCGCCUGUGAGCGGGGGCGACAUCGGUGCUAGAGAUGGAAAGUUGGCUAUUUUCGCCGGUGGUGAUCAUGGGGUUGUCGAGUGGCUGAGGUCCUUGUUUGACUGUAUGGGUAAAGUCACUUACGUGGGGAAAGCUGGGUGUGGGCAGAGUUGCAAGAUUGCUAAUCAGAUAAUGGUGGGUGCUAAUCAGUUGGGGUUGAGUGAAGGAUUGGUUUUUGCGGAGCGGGCAGGGUUGGAUGUGAGGCAGUUUCUGGACGCGGUGAGAGGCGGGGCCGCGGGCUCGAUGGUGAUGGAGUUGUUUGGGGAGAGGAUGAUUGGGAAGGAUUUCAGGCCGGGCGGGUUCGCGGAGUACACGGUGAAGGAUUUGGGGAUGGGUGUGGAUGUAGUAGAAGGAGCUGAGGAUGAGAAGGUGGUUGUUUUGCCCGGAGCUGCACAGUGCAAGCAGCUGUUCUCUGGAAUGGUGGCCAAUGGAGAUGGUCAUCUGGGGUCUCAAGGUAUUAUUAGUGUUAUUCAGAGGAUCAAUGGGAUUGGCAGGUAAAAUGAAGACAUUAUCCAAGUAUGCGGCUUGCCUUAUGGCCUCCGAUCAUAUCCGACUUGUAUUUCCAAUAACCGCCUAUGGUUAACUGAUCUUGGGACAUUGAUGCAUCCUAUUUUUUAGUGUAAGAUAGUGCUUGUUUGUGUGUAUUGUGCAAAAAGGAAAGUGGAGUAAUUUUUCAUCUAUAAAACAGUGUUUUUUGCA